AUGGCCUACCAACCUCAAUCGCCGAAUCAGGGCAACACCGCCGAUGAGAGAAGCUCAAAUCGCCGACUUUACAACCCUUACCAAGAUCUGCACCUCCCGACGCAGACCCUUUACAAUCUCCCCACCUCGCCGGAGUUUCUAUUCCAGGAGGAAUCCGUCGCCCAACGCCGCUCCUGGGGGGAGAAUCUCACCUACUACACGGGCAUCGGCUACCUCGCCGGUGCCACCGUCGGCGCCGCCAAGGGCUUCGCCACCGGGGUCAGGGCGAUCGAGCCUACCGACACGACGAAGUUGAAGGUCAACCGUAUCCUCAACGGGUCGGGUCUCGCGGGUAGGCAGAUCGGCAACAGGUGCGGCGUUAUCGGGCUGAUGUACGCCGGGAUCGAGAGCGGCAUGGUUGCGGUUCGGGACACAGACGACGUCGUCAACAGCGUGGUCUCGGGGUUGGCUACUGGGGCUCUCUACAAGGCGGCNGCUGGGCCUAGGUCGGCCGCCGUGGCUGGUGCAAUAGGAGGCGUCCUCGUUGGGCUCGCCGUCACCGGAAAACAAGCUUUGAAGCGAUAUGUACCAAUUUGA